AUGUCUGACUUCAAACUUGUUCGAAAGGUUCUCAGAUCCCCGCCCUCCAAAUUCAACAUGAAAGUCACAGCGAUCGAAGAAGCUAAUGACCUAUCUAAAAUGAAAUUGGAUGAACUGUUUGGGUCACUGCGAACCUUCGAAAUUCACUUGAGACACACAGCCAGCAGAAGGAAACUGGGACUAGCACUAACCUCAGUAAAGGAAGAGCCAAUCGAGGAACACCGAGUGAUGCAGGGUAAUGAUGCUCUUACAGAAUCAGUAGUUGUGCUGAAAAAACAGGUUGCGAAACUUAAAAACCAGUUUCACAAAUACAUGGGAAACCAACGCAACAACAGAGAGGACCAGUGUCAUGAAUGUGAAGAAUUUGGUCAUAUUCAAGCCGAUUGUGCUACUUAUCUUAAAUGCAAGAAAAAGGGUCUAGUAGCUACCUUCUCUGAUGAAGAAGAUUAUUCUGAAAGCGACGAUGAAGACCUUGGAAUGGCCCUGAUUAGUAUCUGCACCAUGAAUGAUGAAGAAAAUGUUCAAACACAUGACCAGCUGGAAUCAAAGAACUUAACUGACGACGCAGCAGACAGAAAGAAGACAGAAGAUCAAGAAGUUAUCCUGCAACAACAAGAACAAAUUCAAGAUCUAGUGGAAGAGAACCAAAGCUUCCUAUCCUCUAUAGUAACCCUAAAAGAAGAACUAGCGGAAACCAAGCAUCAAUUCGAAGAACUCCUAAAAUUUGUAAAGAUGCUGACAAAUGGGACCCUGAAACUAGAUGACAUACUCACCAAGGAAGGAGGGCUGACGACAAAAGACGCCUCGGAUUUGCAAAAAGGGACACACCUGGAACUCGAUACUCAACAGACCAAAUAUCUGAGGAGUCCUAGAACAGAAUGGCGCCGAAAAAUCCACAUUGAAAACUGCAAGGUUGCUCUCACCUCUGUCAAAGGCCUCAACUCUAGUGACUGGUACUUUGACAGUAGGUGUUCCAGACACAUGACAGGUAAUGCAGAUUUCUUUUCUGAUCUGAGUGAAUGCAAAGCUGGGUCAAUAGUAUUUGGAGAUGGAGGAAAAGGAAAAAUAAUUGGCAAAGGAACGAUUAACCGUCCAGGUCUACCAUUUCUUCUUGAUGUUCGACUAGUACAAGGACUGGCUGCAAAUCUCAUAAGCAUCACCCAAUUAUAUGACCAAGGCUAUCAAGAUGCAGAGGUGACCUUAUGCAAUCUAUUAAAAGUGGAAGAAGUUGGACUCUGGCACAAACGACUUAGACACCUUAGUGGCUCUACUAUCUCAAAAGUCACCAAAGUUGAUGCCAUCAUCGGUCUUUCCUUGCUAUCAUUCUCGUCAUUAGAAAGAUGUUUAGAGUGCCCAGCUGGCAAGCAAGUCAAGUCUGUGCACAAGCCUAUAAAUAUCUCCUCGACGUCCCAUAUUCUGGAACUUCUUCAUAUAGACCUAAUGGGGCCCAUGCAAACAGAAAGCUUGGGAAGAAAACGGUAUGCAGUAGUGUGUGUAGACGAUUUCUUCCGCUACACCUGGAUAAAAUUUAUCCUUGACAAAUCAGAAACCUUUAAGACAUGUCAGACCUUGUUCACUCAACUCCAAAGAGAGAAAAAUACUGGUGUUGGCCGAAUACGAACUGAUCAUGGGCAUGAAUUUGAGAAUCAACACUUUGCUGAGUUCUGUGAUAAUGAAGGCAUCUUUCAUGAGUUCUCUGCCCCUUUAACACCACAACAAAAUGGAGUUGUAGAGAGAAGGAAUCGAACCUUAGAGGAGAUGGCCCGGGUGAUGAUCCAUGCAAAGCACCUACCAAUCCAAUUCUAG